CUGGCUGUGCAACACGAUAUCCCUUUUAUUACCUGGGAUAAAAACAAGCACUACCGGAUAGGUUUCUUUCUUAAAUGUUCCUGCAGUGAACCCUUCUUAUUUGCGAAUCCGAGUGGGGAUACUAAAUAUUAUCCUAAUAAAUAUUUAUAUAUAAAAAUUGAAAUCAGUAUGUAAAAGUGUGCGGUUUUAACAAUUGCGGUAACGCUGGCAACGCAUAUGGCGUUGGGUUUGAGCUCCGGGCUUUGUUCCGGUAGCUCGGAGCCCGGUUCCGGCGGACGUUCGGAUACAUCAUCUUCUCCAGGAGUUAGCGUUCCGCUUCCGGUAGCGCCAGCGCCUUUACUACCGAAUCCCAUGUUCGCAUUACCAACUCUUAAUUUUACUGUAGAACAAGUCGCGGCAGUUUGUGAAACACUGGAGGAAAGUGGUGAUAUUGAACGGUUAGCGCGAUUUUUGUGGUCAUUACCGGUUGCUCAUCCGAAUAUUGGCGAAUUGAACAAAAAUGAGGCGGUGCUGAGAGCUCGAGCGAUAGUUUCGUUUCAUAGUGGCAAUUUUAGAGAAAUGUAUCAUAUUUUAGAACAUCAUAAGUUUACGAAAACAUCUCACGGAAAACUGCAAGCAAUGUGGCUCGAGGCGCAUUAUCAAGAGGCGGAGAAGCUGCGAGGGAGAGCUUUAGGUCCGGUUGAUAAGUAUAGAGUGCGAAAAAAAUUUCCCCUGCCAAGAACUAUAUGGGAUGGUGAACAAAAGACUCAUUGUUUUAAAGAGAGAACUAGAAGCCUUUUAAGAGAGUGGUAUUUACAAGAUCCUUAUCCGAAUCCAACUAAAAAACGGGAGCUGGCGCAAGCGACGGGUUUAACGCCGACACAGGUGGGCAAUUGGUUUAAAAAUCGAAGACAGCGAGAUCGUGCAGCCGCCGCUAAAAACAGGAUGCAGCAACAGCAACUGGCGGCGCAAUUGGCAAAUCAUGGAGGAUCUCGACCACCGCAAUUAAGUUCUCCGACGCAUUCGUCAGAUAGUGAUUCCGAUAUAUCAUUGGGGACACAUUCGCCACCUUUAAGUUCACCUAAUCCUUUAAGAUACGCGUCCCCGACGCCGAUAAGCACCUUCCGUUUCGGGCCGCACUCCCCCGGUCCGAUGCCGACACAAUUUAGAUUCGGAAAUCAUUCGCCACCCUCUUUUCGAUUAGACGGACAGUCGUCGCCAAAUUCAAAUUUACGAAAGUUAGGUUCAUCAAAUUCACCCGUAAAUAUAGAUAGUCAUCCCGCUAGUUAUAGGCUGGAUAGAAAUAUUUCAAAUAAUCUAAGAUUGGCUGUGACCGAAUCCCCGAUAAAUGUAGAUACAACGGACUUUAGAUCAAAUAAAACUAGUCCAAUUCGCGUGGAUUUGGACGCAUCUCCGCCACAAACUUCAUUACAACACUCUCCUCCUAUAAACUUACGAGUAAACCCUUCAGAUUCGUUAAGUUUACAUAUGCACCCGGAAACACCGCUUCCUCUACGUUUGGGAGCAACAGCGCCUUUAAGGAUCCAGGUUAGCUUGCCAAGUAAAAUGCCAAUAUCGCAAAACCCACAAACUAAUCUGCACAUCGGUGAUACAACUCACGGAAUCGGAGGGAUUGUACGAAUUGCCCCACCGAGCCCGGCGAAUCCACCACCUUUGCAUCGACCGUUUUCCCCUCCUAGACUAACGUGAUACAGACUGCCGGAAACUAAAAUUGUGUGAUCAUAUGUGAACUUCUAACAUAAAAACGAGGUAACGAUGCAAUACUAAAAUAUUUAUUUGUUAAUUAGUAUUUCUUAGAAAGUUAAUUUUAUAAGACGAGCACAUGAUUCAAACUUUUUUGUGUGUCAAAAUACGAGAGUUUUAUAAGAUUAUUAUGAAAUUGUAUAGUAUACCUACCUACACAUUAAAUGGCAAUUGUAGAUAUUAUGUAAAAUACGUGUAACUAUUUAAGGUAUUGAACUUUAUAGAUGCUGUGCAUUUAGUCAUAUUUUGCUGCAUAUUCGAACUAAAUUAUAUGCUAGAUUUUUCAAAACGGUUUUGUUUAUCUUGACAGUGACUUUUCCUUUGGUUGUUUGUAGAAAACAUGAUUGUCUACCCUAUAGAUGUUCUCUUUUUCCUAGUUAGUCUACGUUGACUCCAU